AUGGAGGAUGGUAAUCACUCGGACACUUCUAAUACAAACGUUUCUGACAAUGAAGAUUCAGUUAAACAGAGAUCUGGUGAUAAGAAACCAUUCUCUCAUGGUAAAAAAACUUCAUCCUAUAAAACAAAGUCAUCAAAGAGAAAUAUUAAUUGUGAAAUAUGUGGAAAGACUUUUGUGAAUUCCAGUAAUUUAAAAAACCACAAAAGAUUACACACUGGGGAAAAACCAUUUCAAUGUGAGAUUUGUGAAGUCACAAAAGAACACAUACCGGAGAAAAUACUUUUGACUGUCAAAUAUGUGGAAAAUCAUUUCCUCACAAUUCUCGACUUGUUGUUCAUGUACGAAGUCACACAGGAGAAAAACCCUUCCACUGUGAAACAUGUGGAAAAUCGUUUGUUACCAAUUCCCGUCUUAGAGUUCACAAAAGAAUACAUACUGAAGGAAAACCUUAUCAUUAUACACACCGGAGAAGAACCGUUCCACUGUGAAAUCUGUGGAAAAUCCUUUUUUGAUAAAUCAAAUCUUAUUAGUCACAAAAGAGUACACACUGGAGAAAAACCAUCCCAUUGUGAUAUUUGUGGCAAAUAUUUUUACUCUAGCAGUAAUUUAACAAGACACAAAUUACUACACACAGGGAAAAAACCAUUCUGCUGUGAUAUAUGUGGGAAAACUUAUGCAACUGAAAGUGACCGAUCUGAUGUAUUAGAAUCGGUGUUCCAUCAUCUGCAAGAUUAUUUGAUUAUCAUUGCAAACUAUGUGACAUCAUUAAUUGGUUUUUCGACGCAAUUCUGGAUCAAGUACCCCUUAUAA